AUAUUUUUCUUGAUAUAAUCACAGGCAUGGAUUAAAAUCUGCAAGGUCAUAGGGAAAGAUUUGGUUCCUUACAUGAGUAUAAUCAUGCCCCCUACGGUUGAAUUUUCUCAACUUGAGCCCGAUAAGACCGUUCCGUCAGAUGAAUCAGAUGAUAGUAUACACAAAGUUAAACUUCGAGAUGAAAUAAUAUGCAUCAGAGGAGAGAUCCUCCUGUGGGGCAAAUCUGUGGCUGUUUCUGUCCUCGGUUCAUUUGCUGAAAUGUUGGAGGAAGACUUCUACCCAUGGAUUUCCCAGGCUGCUUCAAUUCUAGUUCCGCUUCUGAAAUUCUACAUCCACCGUGGUACCAGGGAAAUUGCUUGUAAAUCAAUGCUGGCCUCGUUGCUUUCUGCUAAACUGGCAAUAGUGAAAGGGACUGCUCAAGGUGGAAAUGACUACUUCAAGCAGUUGUCUGAUCAUAUAAUCUUGGCUAUGGGAGACGCUUUAUCUUCGGAGCCUGAGACAAAAGUAUGUGUAACUAUAUUGCAGGAGUUGAAUAGAUGCCUAGAGAUCUGUGGACAAGUUGUCAAUGAAGAUCAGAUUCGUAGCAUCACCGAUGAGAUAAAACACAUCAUUGCAGAGAGUUCACGUAGAAAAGGAGAACUCACAGAGAGAGUAAAAUCCGAGGACUUUGAUGCCGAGGAAGCUGAAUUGCUGAGGGAUGAAAGAAAGCAAGAAGUAGAAGUCUUCAAAAAUAUUGGUUACCUAGUGGCGAUAUUAAUCAAGACAUUCAAGGCUGCUUUCUUGCCUUUUCUUGAUGAGCUUUCAUCAUAUAUAAUGCCUAUGACGGGCGAGGAUAAAACAACGGAAGAAAGAAAUACAUGUAUUUAUGUAUUUGAUCAUCUCGUGGGGCAUUGUGGUGAAGCAGCUCUAAAGUACUUUGACACAUAUCUCCCUUUUCUUUUGGACUGGAGCAACGACGAAAAUCCAUGUGUUAGAAAGGUUUACGUGCAUUCUUGGAAGUCGGCACAAUUUUCAGUCAC